AUGGCGAGAACGAUAUUGCCCGUAGCGUGGGGUUCCCUGGCGACCCGAAUGUGCUGGAGCUGCGGGAUUCCUAGGAAAGAUCUCGGAAAUUUCUUGGAUCGAGCGAGCCCAUCACUACUGGUGAAAUCCCAUGGAGCCCGAGACGCGUUUGCAAGAGGGGGUUUCGGUUGCAACAAUGUCCACUUACUACAUGGACGAGGAGAGCCUCUGUUGAGUGUCGACGAAGACUACCUCGGCGCGGUCCAAAGACCUGUCGAUUCGGCCGCUCAAAUCCUGUCGGAGGCCUACUUUCAUGCCCUCCAGGGUGUAUUCGGCUUCAUUACCAGGGAGCAGUUUUUGCAGGAUUUGGCCCAAUUUCCAGCUCAAGGAAUUCUUCUUUCAUGGGAUCAGCGUAGGUGGUUGGCUCUCGCAAACCUGGUGUGGGCUAUUGGCUCAAAAUGGUCGCACGUGGCUAAGCUCGAUGACCAGGACUUGCACGCCAAGAGCCAUUUGGUGUACUAUGCUCGAGCCCGAGCUUUGGGUCUCGACCAUAGGGUCUUGUUCGACCAUCCAAAUGGUGAAGGUGUGCAGGCGAUAGGUCUGCUCUCGUUCUAUUGGUUCCAGAAUGGGUCAAUCUCCAGGUUCAACGCGGAUUUCGAUUUGAUUUAA